UGUACCAUUUCACCAAACUAAUAAUGGCGGAGCCAAAAAUAUCUGCCAUUUCCUUUCUCCGAUUGAUUCCAUCCAGAUAAAAACCGAUUCGUCCUUCGUUGAAAUACGAUCGAAAAAGCAGAUUCGGAGAAUCAACGGCAAUGGAGAACGGCAGAAAGCCUGGAAGGAGCGACGGUCGUCUAUCAAUGGAGGAGGAAAGAGAGAUGGAGGCCAAAACUCGAGACUACUUCAAUGGCGUCGCACCGAAGCGCCACACCAAGCCUCAGCGCAGCGAGUUCUCUGCUCAUUACGUCGACAAAGUAAAUGGCAGGGACGAUUACAUUCCUGAACUCGCUGAGUUUCAGCGCCUCGAAUCCGAUCCUCUCGAGAGACUUGCUUAUGAUGGCCGUAACGGCAACAUCCCUGAUGAAUUUGUGGAGACGAAGUAUUAUGACGAUCUCAAUUGUGUAGACAAACAGCACCACACGACAGGAACAGGAUUCAUAAGAACGGAGAAUGGAGAUUGCAAAAGUUUCAGACUCGAAGUAGAUUCUGCUGCCUGCUGCCAUGGCUCUUGCAGGGGUAAUCCGGCGACCAACGACUGGAUUCCGGCCACUAAUGAUCUGGCAAACAGGGGUGAUUAUUAAUGAAGAAGAAAAGUGAGUUAUUGUAGACAAUCUUAAGGAGCUGGAUGUUACAUUGAGUAAGUAAGCUGCAUAAUGCUAUUAUCAUUGUUGUUUUGAGCUUCAAAAACAACUGAUUAUAUAUAUAUAUAUAUAUAUAUAUAUAUAUGUAAACUUAAAAAGUUAAGCACUUAGCUGCACUAUGCUAUUUCUGUAGCUUUACUUUUUGCAUUCUGAUUCAA